AUGGCCAAUCCAGCCCCAUCCGACAAGAAUGCACACGGGGAAGCAGAGCUCAUGACCAGCAAUCCUCACGGCGACCAUCUCCACACACGGCUGAUUCAUGUCGGCGCCCAUCCUGACCCGAGCACCGGCGCGGUCAUCCGGCCGAUCUCGCUCUCCUCCACCUUCGCCCAAUCUGCGGUCGGCGUGCAUGCGGGGUUCGAGUACUCGCGCUCGUUGAAUCCGAACCGGCUGGACCUCGAGACCUUGAUAGCCUCUCUAGAGGGAGUGGACAAGCUCGAGCGAGUCGAGCCGGCGGGGCUCCCCCUACCCGGCGCGCUGGCCGUCUCCAGCGGCUCGGCCGCCACGGCCACGAUCAUCAAUGCUCUCGUCGGCCCGGGUGCGCAUCUGGUGGCCAUGUCGGACGUCUAUGGCGGCACCUAUCGCUAUCUCAACCAAGUCGCCAAGCAACUCGGCAUCGCCUCCACCAUGAUCGACCUUGGCUUCGCCGACGAUUCCAAGGAAGCCGCCGAGAUAGUCAUCAAACGCUUACAGGAAUCAAUCGUCCCCGGCCGCACCAAGCUCCUCUGGAUCGAGACGCCGACCAACCCCACCCUGCGCCUGGUCGACAUUGCUUGCGUCUCGGCCCUUGCAAAGAAGAACGGCCUGCUGCUCGUUGUGGAUAACACCUUCCUGUCCCCAUUCUACCAGCAGCCCUUGCGAUUGGGUGCGGACAUCGUCGUCCAUUCGGCCACAAAAUACAUCAAUGGACACUCCGAUGUCGUGCUCGGCGUGAUCAUCUCUCCGCAUCUCGAUCUCAUCAACAAGAUGCGCUUCCUCCAGAAUGCCCAUGGAGCUGUCCCCUCGGCAUUUGACUGUUGGCUCGCCCAACGUGGCUUGAAGACGCUUGCCCUCCGCAUGCUGCGCCACGGGACCAACGCCUUGGCGAUCGCGACAUGGCUCCAGGACGUUGCGCUCGCCCGGGGCUGGAUCACCAAAGUGACGUACAUCGGCCUCCAGAAGUCCGAGAUCGCCUGGCGACAGAUCCCGAAGGAAACCCAAGAAGAGCUGCACAAGUUAGGCUACGGGCCCUCAGCGGACGGACAGCACGGGGGGCGAUUCCCCUACGGGGGCAUGAUCAGCUUCAAGAUCAAGCCCAAGGGGGGCGCCGGCUCAGAUAGCCAGACGGACUAUCUGAGAGCCGACGCGUUCUUGAAGAACUGUCGUCUGUUCACCUUGGCCGAAAGCUUGGGCGGGAUCGAGUCCUUGGCUUCCUUGCCUGCGAAGAUGACGCAUGCCACCUUGAGUGUUGAAGAUCGCUCGAAACUUGGUAUCGAUGGCUCACUCGUCCGACUCUCCGUCGGUAUCGAAAACGUUGACGACCUCAUCGCAGACCUCGAACAAAGCUUAGCGAAAUCCUUCUGA